AUGGUAACGCUCCAGACUGUUUUAGGCAAAUCUGAGGCUGUUCCUAGAUGUUUUGGCUUUGGAUUUUUUCCAAAGAUUUCUUUAGAGAAGGCAAAAGAGGCUGAAAAAGGCUAUGGUGCUCCACCACCAGGUGGAUAUGGCGGGGGUUACCCAGGCUUUCCAGGUGGUUUUCCAGCUCCAAUGCAGCAGCAAGAUCCUUUGUUUCAAUAUUUUUCAGCUGUGGCUGGGCAAGAUGGGCAGAUAGAUGCAAAGGAACUACAAAGCAGUCUAACAAGUUCAGGAAUGUCUGGAAGUUAUCAUCCUUUCAGCUUGGAGACUUGCAGGAAGAAAACUAACAACAAACUCAACCCACAUGUGACACCAGGUCCAAGAAUUGAACUAAUGGGAGUGAAAAGUUGUUACCUAAGUGUUGAAAAGCUGAAGGGUAUAAUUUUCAAAUCAGAGGUGAAAGUUUUUCAUUUUGUGGACAUUCCUCAAGGUGGUAAAAAACUUCUUUUCUCCCUACAACUUAAAAGCAAAACUGGUAAAAGUGAGACUACUCGUGACUAUAGCGGCAAAAUGGGUUUCAGCGAAUUUAAGGAAUUAUGCAGUGUGUUGCAACAGUGGAAGACAACCUUUAUGCAGCACGACAGAGACAGGUCAGGAACAGUGGAGCCCCACGAGCUGCAUGCUGCACUCUCUGCUUUUGGUUAUCGAUUAAGUCCCAAUGCACUGAACAUCGUCGUCAAGCGUUAUUCAACCAACAAUCGAAUCACCUUCGACGACUUCGUUGCUUGUUGCGUGCGAUUGAAGGCCUUGACAGAUCAAUUUAGAAGGCGGGAUACGGCUCAGAACGGGAUGGCAACUUUCCAAUACGAUGACUUCAUCCAAGUAUCCAUGUACUGCUAAAGACGAUGCACAAGUCCUUGCAAGCUCUUUUACCGUUAUUUUGGUUCAAAAUGCAUAAUAUGAUCAUUUGUUCGGCCGCUUUUUAUCUAUAAAUUUAUAGUCAAACUUGAAAAGGAUACAACAGAAGAUGCUUCUUCUCUAAAGAAGAACAGGUUCUAUAAUUAUGAUUAUAAGUCAUAAAUCUUCAAAGGAGAAGUUAUGUUCUUUUGUCGGUCAUGUGUCUCGCUUGCUUAGAUCCGUGCGUGCAUGCUCAUGGGAUCUGCGCGGAUUUUCUUUAAUAAUCAACACGAUCAGUAAAUCAACCAAAAUUGCAGUAAGUACUUAAAUAGAGGGCACUUUAUAGCACCUACGAAAUUGUACCAACUAUGUAACAGUAAGUUAUUAGACCAUGAUUUUGGUAUGUACCACUAAUGUCGGCUUGCAAUAAAUUUUCAGUCUGAAGUCUCU